AUGAACUGCUUUAAAUGGACCUAGUUGAGACCAAGGAGAGGUAUUAAUCAGAAUUUAAAUGAUCCAUUCUGGUAUAGGGAAGAAAAUCUUAAGAAGCAGAAUAACAAGAUGAUUUAAAUUAUAAAUAUGUCUGAAGAUGAGGCACACAAUGCGAAUGAAAAGAGUGUAUCAGAUGAAAUAGUUGAUAAACUAAAGCUGAUGAUUGAUUCAGAGUUCCAAACAAGAAGAUAAUCAACUUAAAAUACAACAAUCAUUCAAAAGAGUGAAAAGAAACUUAGGAAACACAUCUAAAGCCUGCAUAUUAAGGAAAAAGAGCUAAGCACAGCAGCAUUUGAAAUGGAAAUGAAAUCAUUAAACUUUGAGAAGAGAUAAGCAGAACAACAAAAUUAAAUCAAAACUUUGGAAUUGCAAUUGUUUAAUGAAAAGUAAUCAAGGCAAAGAGAUUAGAUAUAAUAUUUGUAAAGAGAGAAAGACUUCUAUCUUUAGAUAGAAAAGUUAUAGAAAUCCAUGGAACAUAAAAUAGAUUCUCAACGAUAACAAUCAGAUGCUUAGAUAAAAGAUUUUGCUAAUACAAGGGAUAAGGAAAAACUUAUGAUUAUGAAUAAGCUUGAACUUAUUCUUUAAAAACUUACUCUGCUUGAGGGUCAGAGUUAGUUUACUUAAAUUAUUGACAACCGUGAGGAAUAAUAUUGUGCCUUUAGCUAAGAGGAUCUCAAUGAAAUAAAAGAUAGACUAAUUGAUAUGAUAAAGAGUAACUAAGUGGAUAAUAUAGAAUUUAAUGAGAAAAGAUAUCAAUCAAGAUCCCCACCAAACUCUAACUAUAGCAAGUACAUAAUGAUAAAUGCUGAUAAAAUGUUUAAAAGUAAUAACAGUAGGAAUAGCUUAGCUAAAUUGGUAUCCAAGACUUAACAAAAUAUCAGGAAUAUAAGAGAUUGCUCUGUAGAAAGUGAAUCAUAGGUAAAUGAGUUAUAAAGCUAACUGAAAAAGAGUCAUAAAAAGAUAUUAAAACUAGAAGAAACUGAAUAAGCAUUAAAGUAAAUAAUCAAGCAAAGGGAUAGUAUGUAUAAGCAUAAAAUUGGCUAAUAACUUAAAGAUGUUGCAAUUUAAAAGACUUAAUAAUCAACAAAUACCUCGAGCAGACAGAGUCUUACCUCUCAAUAGAAAUAAGAUGAAUUAGAAACAGCUAAGAAUAAACUUCAUGGAGAACUUGAGAAGAAACUAGUAGCUAUUGAAGGAAUGAACAAAACUCUAGAUUAGCAAAAAAGAGAGUUAUCGAUAAUAAAAAGCAAAGUUAAUUAAAUCACUUCACCUCCACCUGAUUAUAGAAAUAUGAAUGAGCCUAAGGCUAAGGAAGUUCCUAGUCAUAAUUUAAAUUUGGCUACUUUACUUAAAAAUCAAAAUAAAACCAGCUCAUGUGCUCAAAAUGAACUUUAAAACUAGAUUCAAUAGAAAUCAGUCCAAACUCAUUACUAUCAGAGUAAUUCCAUCAAAGGGAGUAAGAUUAAGCCAAGUGAAAAUCAGAGUCCAAAGAUAAUCUAUAAUGGAUUAAAGUAAGAGAAUAGAAGGUUAAGCGCUGCAUUGAAGCCUUGCUAGUCGGAUAAAAGCAUUCCAUUAUCAGCUAAUUCAAGAGACUCAGUAAAUAUAUAGAUUCCUACCAUAACUACAAAGUUAAAUGAUGACAAAUAUAAAAAAUUUGAGUAAUAUAUUGCAAUAAAUAAUUAGAAAAGUCAGGCUAAAAUUUAGAGCAAUUAGGAUUACAUGUCUGAGAAUUGGCCUUAAAUGCAAGUUUCUCAUACCCACAGAGUUAAUUAUCUCGAAAAUAAAUAUUGA